AUGGAGGCAAGGAGAAGGGCGUUAGUGAGGUACUGUGAGAAGUGGUAUGUGAGACAGGAUGUUCAUUGGAAGCAAAUGUCUAGAUCUCGGCAUGCUAAUGAGAUUGAUAGAAACACAAGAUACUUCCAUAAUAUUGCUUCGACGAGAAGAAGAAAUAACAGAAUAAAGUCUUUGGUGAUUCAUGGGAGGCUAGUGAGGAAUCAAGCAAGGAUCAAAGUUGCGAUUCGAUGCUUUUAUAAACAUCUAUACCACCAAGAAGCUUCUCCAAGUGUGAGCUUUAGGAAUGGAUUAGUUAAUCGGCUAGAGAGGGAGGAAGCUGAAGCCUUAGAGGUGUUACCAUCAAUAGAGGAAGUGAAAGAGGUUGUUUGGGAUUGUGAAUCUUCUAAGGCUCCAGGGAGUGACGGCUACAACAUGAACUUCAUAAAAAAGUGCUGGGCUGAGAUUGGAGCGGAAUUCACAACUGCUGUAAUGGGCUUUUUUGAGACAGCGAAAUUACCAUCAGACUCUAACGUCACAUGGGUGGCAUUGGCUCCGAAGUUUGUUGGGGCAAAGGAGAUAAAAGAUCUCAGACCUAUCAAUAUGGUUGGGUGCGUCUAUAAAGUUAUAUCAAAAUUGUUGACAUGA